GAUUCGGUUAGACGUUCAAUGCAACCACCUUACUCUGGUCCUCAUAGAGUUAUAUCUAGAGCCGAGGACGGAAAAACGUGGUCGAUUGAUGUAAAAGGGAAACAGGUGACGGUCAGUGUCGACAGAAUUAAGCCAGCUUUCGUCGAGCAUUCUUUAGUAGAUCUCGUUCCAGCACCAGCACCAGCACCGCGGGUUUCUGUGCCUCAACCAGCGCAACCGGAUGCUACUAAUGUCCCUUCAUGUCCACUCGUGCCUUCGGCACCUCUAACUGCUACUCCUACACAUACACCUCAAUAUACCACCCGGUCAGGUCGCAGAGUCCACUUCUCCAAACCUUUCGACAUAGGUCGAUAG